CGAACUCUAACCUGGUUUGCGCAAUCGCAUUUGGCAUAGUCCUACUAAUAAUAGUUCUUUAGAAAUUGGCCUAUCCCAAUCAAUGACGCUGCUAAAUCAACUGACAGACGAUUGAAAGAGCCAGCAAUGUACUUAGCCAAACUUCGUGAGGCUGCCCAGGAGCCUGGUGAAAAUGACGCAGCGCCUACGGUUCCAGCAUGGUUGGAUAUGGAAAAGUUCAACAGAGGAAGGCAGUUCUUCGUGGACAACAUUUUCAGCUGCAUCACGGCAAUGUUGAUGUCGCUUGUUCUCGGGCUCAGCAUUGAUAGAUUUCUGGAUCCUCUAGUUUUCACGGGGAAAUCGGGCGAACCUCGAAAGUCGUUAAGGCGAUACAUCAGCACCGUGAGGCACGUCAUCAAGUGGCACUACGGUGAUGUGUGGGACUUCUCAGACAGCGAUGCGCACAAAUCUAUCAUGAGUGUGAGGAAGAUUCAUCAAAAAGUUGCACAGGACAUGACAAAAAGUGCAAGGUGUAAAGUUAAAUCUACGGAGAAUGAUGCAUCAAAUGGGACGGAUGAAGACGUGUUUCUUUCGCAGUACGAUAUGGCGUUAGUACAAAGCGGUUUUAUGGGAAUGAUAACGAUGUACCCAGAAUCCUUUGGAAUACAGAAAAAUAUCACUCGGUUGGACGAUUACAUUUACUUUUGGAGUGGCAUUGGACAUCUCCUUGGUAUAUCAGAUAAAAACAAUAUUUGUAACGAUGGAUAUGGCAAAGCGUAUGCUGUUUGUAAGGAAAUUGAAAAUGAUAUUGUGAUUCCAGCUUUGGUGAAUCCUCCAAAAGAUUUUUCUAUAAUGAUGAACGCUCUCAUAGAUGGACUACACUUGUUCACUAAAUAUCGUCUGUUUACAUUUGAGGUCAUUUUGUUAUGGAUUUCAGAUGUGUAUGUUCUAGAAAAAAAGUUGGAAUUUUAUGACUACACCCGGUACUAUUUUCUAAGAUUUGUAUUUAUUUGUAUUAGAUAUUGUGGUCCUUUCAGGAGAAUGGCAAACAGAGUCAUUUUGAGAGCCUUGGGUGUGACACAAUGAAGUGAUUCAUUGGUAAUAUGGGACGUUGUGUUACUAUUUUAUUUUUUAAAAUUUAUUAUACAAGGAAACUGAGUUUUAUAUUAAUUUCAAAUCUUUUAUUGAAUAUUUACAUUUAAAUUUCAAUUCUAACAUUUGUAUUUAAAUUAUUUCCUGAUAUCAAGAAACAAUUUUAUAAAAUUAAGAUAUUAAAAAAAAUUAAUUGUAUUCUUUGAUCUAAACUUUACAUUUCCGAUAACAUUCGGUAACAUAUGUUAUCUUUUAAAAAUACUGAAACAUAAUGUGUCGAUUUUAUGUGUGGGUUUCGUAACACUGGGUAAUAUCACAACCUAGAGUUAAAACUGGUUUACACAAAAGUCUGAAAAGCUCAAUCCAUGGUGCAUUUUAGUCUUAAGCGAGGGAUACACUUCAUUAAUUUGUAUUUGAAACUCAUUAUCGGGAUGUUAGCAAAUAUGUCAGAAGGAAAAGGGAGUGAGGAGAAUAAUUCCAGUGAAGAAACAUUGGCAGAUUCAGAGUGUGGAGUCAAAGGUGGUCUCCUUUGGAUCGUCUACUAAAAAGGUACAUGAGAAAAUUAAUGUUCAUUUUGUAAGUAAUGGUUUUAUCAACAUUUUUAAUGAUCAGAAACGGAUACCACGGACAUGAGACCGUGAGGAGAACAGAACAAUUUAAUGAUAGAUUUUUAUAUUAAUUACUAAACAGUGAUUCUUGGGAAAGUUACUUUUACACGCAUGGUAGGACAUCAGAGUUUUGAUAUUUUUUAGUUAAUUAUGUAAAGAUUGUUAGAUAGAUUAUUUUCUAGUUUGUCAUAAAUGGCAAAACAGUGAAACAAAGCACUUGCAGUUAUGAUAAUAUACUUUUAAGUUAUGUUUUGUUGUUUUUGUUGUUAAUGGGAGAUAGGGCCUACCUGAAUUAUUAUUUAAUAGAUGGAUUAGUAGAUGGAUGUAUGCGUGAUUAAACUAUGUUAUUAGC